CGGGAGAGCGCAAAAAAACCAGACGUGCGGGUGGGUCCCUGCAUCCAACUGGGUCCGAUAGAGUGGUACACCCCCCACUUGGCGGUGGUCGGGCAACCAAUCACGGCGGUCAAAUGCCAGCUAAAUUUGAGGCCAGCUUCUCGGUCGCAAUCAAACCGGGCCGAAUCGGGCAUGCGGCUCCACCAGCGCCGGAGUUGCUGAGCCAAAAAAAUUCCCACCUGAGACGCAAGCAGGUUUGUUCCUCGUCGGUUGGAAGGAGAGCUGCUCGCUGCUCGCUGCUGGCGCUCCCCUCGGGAAAUGCCUCACCGACUCAUCGCUUUGGGUAUCUGCCGUUUUGGGACAUCCCGGCUGGGACGGAGAGGCGUCGUCCCCGUCGCAACGCGACGAUCCGUGCUCCGUAGCGUAGCUCCCUCGAGCUAGUCCGGUCACCGCUGUCCACCUCAACCCGGUCACCAACCCAGGCUGCACCCUUCCGUUUUU